GGUUGCAUAGCAACGUACCGGCAGUGUUAACGUUUUAUUUACACCAUUUAUGUGGACUAUUUGCGUUCAUUAAAAAACAACGAUUAAAAUUGAAGUCAAUGUGUUAGGUGUCUGUUUGUGUGUAUUAUUAGUAUAUAUUUUUGUUACUUAAGCUUCUGUAAAAUGACACGCACAGCUUACGAGGUGCAACGGGAUUUUGCUUUAAGCAGCGGGCUGCGCUCUGAAAUCAUCUGGGAUUCUCUAGCGCCGGAUGAAGGUGAUGUGCUGAAGCAGAAGAUCGCUAGCUUGCUAUGCGAAAAUGAGUCUCAGAAUUCAAAGGCGCUGGCAAAGCAACGACAGCUACUUUUCGACAAUGUGUGGUUGCAGAGAAAGUACACAAAUCGGAUGCUGCUCUCGGCCAUUAUAUAUGUGCUGGUUACGCCCGAAACCGAUCCGGAACUGGCACUUUGCUCCAUCAACUACAGCUGUCAUCCGAUCUUCCGCACUAGGAAGUGCAUGCGCGGUGACAACAGUGAGGGCUGCUGCAUGAAUUUCAUUGAUGAGCAUGGCCGAGUCUAUGCGAAUUGGUCGAAAUUUGUUUUCGCGAACACGCUGCCCAGGGGCACCAUGAUAGCGCCUAGUCAGGGAGUCUACACAUUCGGAGAUGGAGAUACCAUUUCGUUGAUGUUGCACCCGACGCCAUGCUCGCAGAUUAAGCAUAAAAUACUUAGUGCUGGCGACACUGUAGCCACCGUUGGCGGCUUGGUGGCUAGCGUGCCGGUUGCGGCAGCCCUUGCCGUGCCUGUGGCUGGACCCAUUCUGAUUGUGGCCACGGCGGCGGGUGCGGCAACUGUGGCUUAUAGUACAGCGCGAUCGGUGGCGAGACUCUUCGAUCGGCGACGCCAUGGACAGCCUACUUCCAUAACGGAUAGUGAUGCCCGCAGCAGCUGGCUGGGCGUAGCCGGUGGUGUUGUCGGAUUGGGCGCCACGGGAGCCACAAAAGCGUUGUCCACUGUGGCUGCAACAGGCUGGAAUGUGAAUGCAGCAGCUCAAUUGGCCGUAAAAGGCAUUAAUGUGUCAUCCAUCGUCAUCUCCGGCACAGGCGUCAUAAAUGGCGUAUAUGAGCUGUACCUGAAAAUCAGUGAUGAUCAGGCAUUAAGCAGCUAUGAUGUGCUACAAAUAGCUUCCAAUUUGGUCAUCUUUACGCACUCCAUUAAUAACUUUAGAAUAGCCUCUAAGGUAACCAACGGCUCCACCUUGCGUAGUUCUUUGCGCACUCAGGCCAGAAAAGUCUUCGAUCGAAUAUCUCGUGAAACUGGCAAGUUGCAAGUUAGCGGCGGCGAUACUGGUCAAAAAUUUGACUUUGUACGCAUCCUUAACAGCAUACCUUUUCAGGAUGUGCUGCUCAGUCUGCAUAAAAUCAACGAACGUCUAUUGCAAGGUGCUUCUGUGGUGGGUGCUUUGGGUGCCUCCUUGCUUCCCAAUAUUGUGAGCACAACCAGCAAUGGACAGCUCCACGUGAAUCUCGAGGCCAUGGCCAGUCAGUUUGGCUGUAAAUUUGUGCAGCAUAUUGGGAACAUUGGCAAUUUUUCAGAUGUGCUCAAUGCUUUGGCCAAUUAUUUUAGCGAGUCAGCCACACAAUUUCUGAUACAGAUGACUCGUGUUUUCAUUGAGCAGAAGGUGGACAACAUUGAAAGCUCGCUCCACACUUUUGUCAGCACCGAGACGGUGCUUUAUCGCAUUCUAAUGCAUUGUGUGACUACCUACGAUGAUUUCACUAGAGAGUUCUUGGAGCAACGUCGCCAGGAGAUUAUGGGAGUGACUCUCAGCUAUUUUCAGUCACUGCAGGCGGUCAACACCGAAAGUUGUAAGAAGCACAAGUGCCCGACUUGCAAAGGCGUCUUCUAUAUAUGUGAUUUAUAAUGUGUACGAGUCAGGCUUACAGUAUGAGCAUUAUUUAUUUAUUUAUUUUUAUAGCCUGUACCCAAAGGGUGAAAGGCUAUACUAGUUUUGUGCGCAUGUAUGUAACACACAGAAGGAGGCGUG